AUGGGCAGGAAAGAUAGUGUUAGGAGUCAGCUUUCUCCAUCAAAUGGAACAUGUUUCAAUUCCAUUACUCCUUUGUAUGAAGCAUGUCGUGAUGGUAAUGAAGAACAAGUUCGAAGUCUUUUACCACAAUAUUCUCAUGCUGAUUUAAAUCGGCAAGAAUUUUCAGAUGGUGGAAAUACAUGUUUACAUGUUGCUGCUGCAAAUGGCCAUGAUAAUAUUGUUAAACUUUUACUUAAGCAAGGUUGUUAUCGAUCAUCACUUCUUAAUUCACAAAAUCAAAAUGGUGGAAAUACAUGUUUACAUGUUGCUGCUGCAAAUGGCCAUGAUAAUAUUGUUAAACUUUUACUUAAGCAAGGUUGUUAUCGAUCAUCACUUCUUAAUUCACAAAAUCAAAGUGCUUAUGAUGUGGCAUCAUUAGGUAAAGAAUCUACACGUUUAUCAUUUGUUCGUCAAAAUGAAACUGAUUCAUCAUCAAAAUGUUCUUCACGAUUUUUCGAACAAAAUGCAUCCGAAUGUUUUGAUGUAAUGAAAGUUCAAGAUAACCGUGAUAACGAUAAUGGUAAUGAUUGUAAUGAUAAUGACGAUCAUAAUGAUGAUGAUACGAGUGCUAAAAAAACAACAACACUUGAGAAAUUACCUAGUAUACAAACAUACAAAUCUGAAGAAGAAAAAAAACAUGAAAUCGAAUAUUCUGCAAGUUCAAAAGCUAUGUGUCAAUCACGUUUUGCUCGUUUUUGUGUAAAUCAUUUUCAUUCUGAUGAACCAUUAGAUCACCAUGCAAUAAUAAAACGUUUAAAUGGUCUACUAAAAGAGAUUAAUACGGAAAAUUCUGAUGAUUAUGUUAAAAUCAAUGACUUGAUAAAAGAAUAUGAAAAAAAUGAUAAUUCAGUCGAACAAUUACUUCAUUUAUAUACACUGGAAACAAAAUUUUAUCGAACGUUAAAAAAAGAUUGUUUACCAUUAGCUAUACCAUUAUUUAUACAAUUACCAAAAUUAAAAGAACGAUAUUUUAGAGGACUUGUUUAUCGUGGUAUGCAUAUGACAUGUGAAGAAUUAUUAAUAUAUCAAAGAGCUAUGAAAAUACCAGGAACUGUUCUACAAACACGUUCAUUUUCUUCAACAUCAAUGAAUCGUUCUAUUGCAGAAGAAUUUGCAUAUUUAAAAAAGAAAAAUAAUGAAAAAAGAUUCUGUGUUUUAUUAGUGUUUGAUUUCCCUAAUAUAUGUGAUCAAGCUAUUAAUCUGACAAGAGUAUCAAUUGAUAAACCAUGCUUAAGUGAAUAUGAAGAUGAACAAGAAGUACUUAUUUUACCGUGGACUUUAUUUGAAGUAAAACGUAUACAAGAAGCAGCUGAUGAAGAUGAUUUAUGCAUCAUUUAUUUAACUAAUAUUAUAAUACCAAACAAAAAUCUUAUGUCAACACUUAAAUGGAGUUGGGUUGAAUUUAAAAAAAAAAUAACAAAAGAAAAAAAAUUACAAUUUGAUUGUGCAUUUCAAAAAUAUAAACUAUCAAUGGGUAAAAGUUAA